GAGGUUCUUCCAGUUAUCCUCCCCACUGAGUAACCUCCAUCUAGUAGCUAUGUUGCCUAUCAUUUUCUCAGACGUGCCAACUCUCUCCCGUCGUAAAUGCCUUCCUAUUCUCAAUUCUCUGAAGUACACAAGUUCUUACAAACUUGUAGUGCCUUGCUAUAAUUGCCUCACCUUCUGAUCCAACUCCCAAAAUAACAUAGCUUCUUACUUCUGGUGGGAAGUAGAGGUAUCAAGCAAUGGAUAGCAGCUUCACCAUUAACCAGAGAUGGAAACUUUGCACAUUUACAAGCCUCACAAGCAUUAUCAUCCUAAUGUUCUUGCUUGGUCAAGACCACGAGACUCUGAACUUUUUUACUUUUCGAAGCUCGACCUCAUCAUUGUCAUCUUCGUUCAGCCUCGUGGACUAUUAUGUUGCAGCUAGCAUUCAGUUGCAGCCCAAUGAUACUUCACGUCUCAGUGAGUAUGAUAAGCAUAAGAAGAAAAGCUGCAACAUCUUUGAUGGCAAGUGGGUUUAUGAUCCUAAGGCAAGUCCUCUCUACGAUCAAACUAAGUGUCCAUUUCUUAGUGACCAAGUAAGCUGCCGAAGGAAUGGCCGACGAGAUUUUGGCUAUGAGAAGUUGAACUGGGAAGCCGCUGGGUGCAAGGUGCCCAGGUUUAAUAGCAAAGAUAUGUUAGAGAAACUCAGAGGAAAGAGAAUGAUCAUAGCUGGGGACUCACUUAACAGAAACCAAUGGGAAUCUCUUGCUUGUCUUCUCUACUCUGCUUUACCUCCCUCUCAGGUUUAUGUCGACGUAAAAAGUGGCAGCUACAAGAUCUUCAAAGCAAAGGAAUACAAUUGUUCUGUGGAGUUUUUCUGGAGUCCGUUUCUGGUGGAACUAAAAGUCGACGAGGCAAAUGGUGCCAGAAUAUUGGAGCUUGGCAAACUCUCAGCUAUGUCAAAGAAAUGGUACGGUGCAAAUAUCAUGGUGUUCAAUACUGGUCAUUGGUGGGUGCAUCAGGGGAAGUUACAAGCAUGGGACUACUUUCAUUAUGAUGGGAAGAUGGUAGAAACAAUGGAUAUGGAGUUGGCACUUGAGGCAGCCAUGAAAACCUGGUCAAAUUGGAUUGAUCAAAACGUGGAUAGGAAUAAAACAGUGGUUUUCUUUAGAAGUAUAUCGCCAGAACACAAGGGGAAGCAAUGGUGCUACAAUGAAACCCAACCGUUUUCAGAUGAGUCCUACCAAGAGAUAUUCCCUGAGUCAUUAAUUGAAGUAUUUGAGAGAACAAUCAAGAGAAUGAAAACCCCGGUAAAGUAUUUGAACAUAACAAAGCUAUCCCAGUAUCGCAGAGAUGCACAUCCAUCAAUUUAUGCAAAAAAGCAGGGAAAGCUCUUGGUAGCAGUGAAACGGAGAAAAGAAGAGAUCAUUGCUGAUUGCAGCCACUGGUGUUUGCCCGGUUUGCCUGAUACUUGGAACAGGCUCUUGUAUGCUAGCAUUGUAUCAGACUCCUCCUAACAGUUCAGUCAAACAUUGUUAUACAUGACUCAUGACUGGAGGAAAGAGCUGGUUAAGCAGUUGAGACCAGAGAUUCAUCACUGUGCCUCUUCACUAGUUUAAUUACUUUUCGGCAGCUUCUGUGGUCAAAAUCCUUCCGACCUACCAGCGAUUUCAGACAGCAUUUGACCUCUAGUAAAUCAUAUCUUUCUUUAUAACUAUUCCAAGAUCAAGACCAUUCAUUUUUUAUAGGACCAAUUCGAUCACGAAGUCCUUUCACACUUCCAAUCAAGAUUUUGAACUAAUGUUUUCAAUAGUAAAAAAAGAACUGUCCGAGAGGGUAACAUCUGUUCAGCAAGAUGGUUGAUCUGAAUCAUUUGCUAAUAGAAAAAAUGUUUAUCUUCCUAGUAAGUUUAGUGUAUUGUCAAUGUUAUUUCAUCACAGUCGUAUGGCCUCACCCUCUCCAACAUGAUUUACUUACACCAUCUUUCACUAUAUUCUACCCAAAUAUGAUUCAGGCAACUGCCCCAUAUAAAUCAUAGCAACGGUCCCACCUCAAAGCUGCAUUGCUGGUCCUAUUGGCGAGAAGAGACUUCUUAACUUACCCC